AAGUUUGAAUCUCAGAGCAGGGUGUGGGACUGGCCGUUGAAGCUCAUGGCGACUCAGGAGGCGCGCCGUCGCGUGGUCGUGCCGGCCCUGUGUGCUGCAACAGCAGCCACUGCCACCGCCUUCGUGGCGGGAGGUGCGCAACAUGCCACCCCCGCGCUUCGCGGCAACACGCGGGCUGGCGCAAGUGCCUCCAGCGCCAGCGCCAGUAGCGGCCUUCCGAGCGCAGUCGCAGCGGCCACCAUGGCGCCACUGGCCUUGGCGGCGCUGGCACGGCGGAAACAUCGUGCAGGUGUCACAGCCCGAAAGGCUACAAUCACCGCAAGCUUUGAGACCGAGCCGGCAGUGGAGGAAGAGGAGUCAGUUCCCGUGAAGAAGACCUCGGUGCUGGUCCUGGGCUCCACUGGCACGGUGGGGCGCCAGGUGGUGCGACAGCUCCUGAAUGCCGGCUACUCGGUGCGCUGCAUGCUGCGGAACCGCGCUGACCGACCCUUCUCCUUCCUGGUGGACUGGGGCGCCACGGUGGUGGAGGGCUCUCUUUCUCGGCCGGAGAGCUUGCCGAGCUCCCUCGUGGGCAUUCACACGGUGAUCGAUUGUGCCACUGCACGGCCCGAGGAAGAUGUCUAUGACAUGGACUGGGAGGGCAAAAAGCGCCUCAUUCAGUGCUGUGCAGAGAUGAAGAUCCAGCGCUAUGUUUUCUGCAGCAUCAAAGACUGCGACAAGUUCCAGACAGUCCCGCUGAUGCAAAUCAAGCACCUCACCGAGAAGUUCCUUCAGCAGAGCGGAAUCCGGUACACCGUGCUGCGCAUCAGUGGGCUCAUGCAACCGCUGAUCUCCCAGUAUGCAGUGAGCGUCUUGGAUGAUCAGAAAGUGUGGGGAGAUGAUGGCAGCAUGCCUGGCAUCGCCUACAUUGACUCUCAAGAUGUGUCCCGGAUGAUUGCCUCCGCAAUGAUCAAGGAGCGCACUGUCGGGCAGACGCUCACUGUGACAGGGCCAAAGGUGUGGUCUACCAAUGAUGUCAUCAAGCUUUGUGAGGAGCUUUCUGGGCGAGAAGCAGAUGUGAAUGUCGUCUCCAACUCCCAGAUGCAGCUUACCAUGGCGGCUGCAGGCUGCUUUGAUUGGACCGUGGACGUUGCGGAGCGCCUGAAAUUUGUAGAAGUGAACCAAAGUGGUGGUGCAAACACUCCCAUGCUGAUGGCGGAGGACACUUACAAGGCCUUGGGCAUGGAGCCGACGGCAACGCGGAAGUUGGAAGAGUAUAUCGGUGAGUACUACAGGAGAGUUUUCAAGAAGUUGACCAAGGGCAAGUACGAGGCGGAGCCCGGGGAGCUUGAGAAGGAGAAGGCGGAAGCGGAGGCCAAACUGAAGCAGGCGCUUACGGAGGACACCGCGGACGAUUUGCCGCCGGGGCAGCCGGCAGAGCAAGAGGUCACGGUGGCCUUCCAGCGAGACACGGCAGAGAGGCUUCAGAAGUUCUUCGAGGACAAAGUCCUUGCAGAGAUGGAGGACGACAAGAAUGCCUGGUUUGGCUGGGUGCCGCUUGCGGAGCUUUUCAACGGUCGGGCGGCGAUGACGGGCUUCUCUUUGGGCCUUUUCACCGAGUGGGCAACGGACACCAAUGUGGCCAAGCAGAUCGAUUUGGUCCUGGCCAUUUUCUCACCGCCUGCGUGAGCUGAGCCGGAGCAAAUGCGGGAGCUUUCCA